AAAGAUGUGUUCUACACAACAUGCACUGCCGAAUCGGUCCAAGCUCGAUAUUGUGGCUCGGAGCUGCUGGAAACAGCGUUGAAAGAAGAAGAAAAUCUGAACAUGGAUAUCGUCUGGGAUGUGAUAGAUUGGUACAAGAGAGCUGUCAUCCUCGCCAGAGAGCUUGACCUCGAGCAGGAAGCCAUUGCACUUGGCCGGCUUGGCCACGUCUACAAUAAAGUCUUGAAACUAAGGCAGAGAUCUAAGACGUAUUAUAAGAAGAGUUUUGAGUUGGUUGAGUCCAUGAAACCUCGCACCUUUUUCACUCAACCGUGGUAUCAGGAAAUCGUCUCGACUUUACAGGAAUUCCAGAUAGAAGAACGAAAUUAUGAUGAAAAAGAACAACAAAAGGAAAGAGAAAAAAGGCUGGAAGCGAUUAAAGAAGAGAUGCAAAAUCUGCAGAAAAAUAACACAGGGAAAAUAGCGUUUCUCAUCUACGUCUACAAGUCUUUUCCUCCCACACAUCCAAAGUGGGAAAAACCAACUGAUGAAGAGAUCGGAAGUUGGAAGGGAAUAGAUUCAGAUUCAGAUAAGAUGGAGAAAGUCGAAGCUUUGUUCAAGAAAGCUAUAACAUACUACCAUCCGGACAGGAUCAGCGUAGAAGAACAUGGCGAAAAGUGGAAAACACUCUGUGAAGAAAUAACCAAAUUGUUGUCAGCUCAUUAUGAAACAAUCAAACUGAAAAAGCAAUCCGUGUGAAGAGAUGUUUCAGUGUUUCAAAACAAUUUGAAGUCUUGUUGUAUCUCGUGUUUGUUCUCCACAAAAAGUGACAUACAGUUGUACUAAUUAUUUCAGUAUGAGUCUAGUGCAGUUUUGUAUCACUCGAAUUGAAGAUAUAGAGGGUUUUAAACGGUGGCGCGAAGAUAUGAAUUUUGUUUUCAAUGAAAAAACAUAAAUAAAUAAAAUAAAGUUCAUAUCUUCAAGCCGACAUGUAAUGUUCUUUUUAUUAAAUGGACAAACUAAAGUGACAAGUAGAAAUGAGCGGGAAAGUUGUUUUUAUUUGACGCGCGCGUACAUCCGGAACAUUUUGGUACAUAACUUUUUCAAAGCUUCACCAGUGAAAAUAUUUAAAAUACGAGUGUUUUAGUUUCCGGUAAAAUAUCUUAAGUAAUAUAUAAAACAUAAAAUAUGAGCGAGAUCUUUAUGGGCAUUUAAAACUACGAACUGCAAGCGAGCAGUUUUAAAGCCCAUAAAGGUCGGACGCGAAUAUAUCACAUUGCUUAUCAAAUAUCCAACAUAAGCUACUCUAUAUUCUGCAAAAAACUUCAAGAUAGAUAUUAUUUUUAAGAGACAAUCGAAGUUAAAGUCGUAUGCAAAUCUAUAUUUUGCAAAAAACUUCAAGAUAGAAUAUCAUUUGUAAGAGAAAAUUGAAGUUUAAGUCGUAUGUAAAUCAGGACAUAUCUCUUGCUAAAAUAAAGAUGCGGUCACAGCAA